AUGGACUUCCACGGGAGCCGUUCCGGCUCACCAACACCGCUCCAGGUGAUAUCGCCUGAGCGCGUCAACAACCAACAACCAGGAAGCCACAACAACAACAACAGCCAUCCGUUCGACUCCAGCGUCGCCUCCGUCACCGACAAGAUCAGCCAGUUCAACUCGCUCGCGAUGCAGUCCAAGCACCUCGAACGCAAGACGGCCGACGCGGCCUUGAAGCGUGCCAUGGUCGGGCGGGAAGAGGCCGAGACGGACAUGCGUCGGUACCGCGACGAGGCACGGCAGCUGCGCAAGCAGGUGGACGAGGGCCGGCAGCGCGAGCAGCGCGUCAGCGAGCGGCUGGAGGCGGUGAUGGAGAACUACGGGCGGGCCAAGGAGACGCACGCACACACGCAGGCGCUGUGGGAAAAGGAAAUCCGGCGGGCGCGCAAGGAGACGUUCAAGUCGCAGAGCGCCAUUGUCAAGCUGCAGGAAGAGCUCAAGGCGGCCCGGGCCAGCAGCAAGGCGGCCGAGGAGGCGCUGGUGCACGAAAAGGAGCGCAGCAAGGCCCGCGAGCAGGAGGCGUUCCAGGCGCGCUACGAGCUGGUGGGGUGCCAGGAGGCGCUGGAGCAGACGCUGCAAAAGGUCAAGAUGCUGGAGCAGGAGCGGGACGCGUUCCGCAGCCUGGCCACGUCCGAUGAGGAUGUGGCACGGAUUGCCUCGGAGGGUCGCCUGCCGCUGCCGCCACCCGAUGCGGAGGAGGAGGCCGAGGAGGCGGAAGAGGAGGCUGAAGAGGAGGCCAACGAAGACACCAACGACGACAGCAUGGACGAGACCGAGGACGGCCUGACGAUGACGAAGCAGCGGUCGAGCCGGCGCAAGACAAAGAGCAAGAAGGCGGCCCGUGCGUCGUCCGUCACACUGCUGGACAUCCGGUCGUCCGCCACCAGCGAAGCCGAGAUCAGCGAACUGACGCGGCUGUGGCAGUGGGAGAAGCAGCGUGCCGACCGGUCCUCGGCGCUCGUGGAGUACCUCGAGGCCGAGUGCCAUCUGCGCGCGUGCUCGUGCAUGAAGAAGCGCCCGCGCACCAGCAUCCUCGACUCUGCGCGCAAGCGGCCCAACCUCGAUAUUGGCGACGCUGGCGAUCGCAUCAUUCUUAGUGAGAAGGCUGCCAUCGCCUCGCCGACCGCCAAGAUCCGGGCCGCCAUGAAGCCUUCGCCGACAAAGACGCUGCAGAGCGGCCUCCACGUCAACCUCAGCCCCGAACGCCGCGGCGGCGGAGAGGCGAAUGCGAUGACGGACGAAAACGAAAACAGCACAGACAGCCACGGCCCGUCUCCGGAGGGGAAGAAGGCCGCUCGGCUGGGCACGACCAUUUUCGUGCCCGAAGAGGGCGUGUUCCGCACCGUCUCGCAGCAGAUUGCCCAGGAGAUGGAGGAGGCCGUUGCAGCAGCGGCAGUGGCCACGAUGGCUGCGAUGCCAGAGGUGCCGGGCGCCGAGGAGGUGCCGCAGCAGGAAGCCGAACAGCAGCCUGCGCAGGAGACUGAGCAGGAGACUGAGCAGGAGACUGAGCAGGAGACCGCCCAUGAGGCAUUGCAAGAGACGGUGCAGGAGCCAGAGGCUGCACCGAGAGUCGCAGCUGAGGAAGUCGCCGUGCCGACACAAGCCACCACGCAAGAGAACCGCCACCCCUUUCACGACAUGCGCGACGCCGAUGUCCAGGACGCCGAUACCACACUGGGCGACGUGACGACCGACUCGGCCGACUACACCGUCGAAACGACCACAGAGCAGUCCAUGUACGCGCGCACGCCCUCUGUGGAGCCGCCCUCGUAUGCCCAACAGCGCACCUCGCUUCUGUCUCUGCUCGAUGCACCGCACCGCCAAGAAGCCGAGCAGCCGGUCAACUUUCACGUGCCCACCACGCCGGGACCUUUGCCGACGGAGGCUCCCGCACACAAUGCGAAUGUGGAUGUUCAUAUGGAUGACGCCCAAGAGGCACCCCGUGCUGCCACGUCACUGCUGGUUGCGAGCACCUCGAUGCGCGUUGCCGAAACGGACAUGAACAGUGCGGCACCGCCGCCUGUGAGAGUCGUCAGCGAAGAGUCGACUGUGGUCGAGGAAGAGCGGGACGUCGCGCGCGUCUCGGACGUGACCGAAGUGGCCUAUGCCCGGAGCCACAGCAGCCAAUCCAGCCGCUCCGACAGCUCCAAUCUCUCUAAUCACUCCCAUCACUCCCAUCAAUCCAGUCAAUCUGGGCGGUCCCGGCAACGGCGCCCAGCAUCGGCACAGCUGCAGUACGAAGACCGCGACGCGACACCUGUCGCACAGCCGCAGCGGUACGAGACGCCGGCCAUGGAUGAGUCGCUCAACAGCCGCUCGGUGCGCCCGCACACAGUGGCUGCGACCAACGUGUUCACGCACAAGACGACAACCACCAAGGUGCCGCUGCGCGAGGAGACGACCGACCCCAGCCUGGCCCAGCGCAUCAUGGCGGCCCAGCGCACACCCGCCAGCAAGAUCCUGCCCGCAGCGUCGUCGUCCUCGUCCUCGGCCGUCUACAGCGACGGCGAGGCCACCGCGACGGCAGAGGGCCCGAGCUUCGACAUCCACAACCCGGCCCUGACGCCCACGAUGUCGCGCGAGGAGUGCCUGGCCCAGAUUCGAGAGCGCCGCGGACGGGCCCGCAGUGCCGCCGGGGGCUCGUCGUCGUCGGCCUCGUCCACACGCACCACGUCGUCUUCGUCGGCCGCAGCGACGACAACAACAACAACGACGACGACCAUGACGACGGCAGCCCCCGGUGGCAUCCGCCGUCCGAUUACGCCCGGUAAGGAGCGUCGUGAAGUCAGUGCGCCCGUCCGGCGCGUGGCCAGUGUGCGCCGGGUGCGGCCAUAG